GUAUGAAAUUAAAGCAUUGAAAACACACACACACACACACCAAAACCCAUAACUGAGACGAUGCUGAAGGUCGAAAACACCACCGGCGCCGGCGACGCCGGCAACAAUUGGCUUUCUUCUUCACGGCGCGACCGAGUUUGGAUGUGCGACGCCUGCGAUCUCGCUCCGGCGGCGUUUCUGUGCAAGGCCGACUCCGCCUCCCUCUGCGCCGCAUGCGAUUCCGAUAUCCACUCGGCCAACCCCCUCGCCCGCCGCCACAUCCGCGUCCCGAUUUCAUCCGCCGCCGGUAAUUUCUACGGCCACUCCGCUCCCGGAUUAUCAAUGGGUGCGCCGGAGGCGCACUCGGAGAACGAUUUCUUAACUCAUCACGACGGAGAAGACGAAGAUGAAGCAGCUUCGUGGCUAUUGCUCAACCCCGUAAAAAACGAAGACAACCAAAGCAGCCACGACAACGCGCCGCCGUUGUUCGGCGGCGGCGGAGCAGCGGCGGCAGUGGACGCGUACUUGGACCUCGACGACUACAAUUCAUGUCAGAACAAUCAGUUCAAUGAUCAUCAUCACUACAACAACAACAUUAAUCAUCAUCCGAAAUUGCAUUACAGCUCCGUUUCUCACGAGAAAAUCGGCUACGGCGGUCAGGAUAGCGUUGUCCCGAUUCAGAUCCAAGAACACUGUUUUCCGGUGGGAUUGGAUUACGAAUCCUCCCACACUGGAUACAGUUAUCCUACUUCGAUGUCGUCCCAUAAUAACGUUUGUCUUUCACCAGUAAUGGAUGUGGGAGUAGUGCCGGAGUCAACAAUGAGUGAAGGUUCGAUAAUAUCCGGGCAGUACCAGAGAACACCGAAGGGGACAAUCGAUCUUUUCUCGGGGCCACUUAUUCAGGCGGCGGGGGUGGCGCCGCCGCCAGCUCAGCAGCUGAGUCCGGUGGACAGAGAGGCGAGGGUGAUGAGGUAUAGAGAGAAGAAGAAGAUGAGAAAGUUCGAGAAGACGAUUAGGUACGCAUCGAGGAAGGCUUACGCAGAGACUAGACCUCGGGUUAAAGGGAGGUUUGCAAAGAGAUCAGUUUCUUGUGCAAGUUGAACAAAGUGGAGAUAUAGGUACUACAUACAGUUAAUACUUGUGUAAUAUUAGAAAGUGCCCAUGGGCAUUCUUGUAAUUUCGUCGUUCUAAUUUCUGGUUGAACAAUGGAUGGAUAGUAGGAAUUAUGUUUGAAUUUUAAAUUUUUUUUUUCCUUACCAAUUUUGCAACAUAAUUCGAUUAAUUGUAAAGCUACUAUUGCUUAUAGUGUUAACUUCUUGUACUUCUUGUUUUUAGUUUUUACAAUUUUGGUAU